CUCGGACAAUUACGGUCCUAUGGCCCUAGCCAUCGGAUACCCGCCCGCAUUGAUAGCCCUGACAUCCCAAGGCAUGGUUGAUCGCCCGUAACCGUCCCCGCCAGCUGCUCCCGCCUAGUGCGGGUUCCAACGUUUGAGAAAUCAAUUUGCCUGUCAUCCUGGGACAUCUUCAUGCGCUGCUUAGUUUCGUGUCUUGAUAUUCGGAUAUUGCGACUACAUUGCGCCACACAUGGCCGUCGAGACCGAGCGCCGUGCGAAGAAGACAGCUUCCAGGUUAGAUAAAGCAUUCCUCCUGCAGCCUAUCAAGAGCGCAAUGUCUUUCAACCAUACGAGCCAAAUAGCCGUUGUUCACGGCUCUGCUGGAGACUCUACACGUACACGAAGCCCUUCAGAUCGCCUCGAAUUCAAAUCCUCCCUGCUGGACAAAGACUCCGUUUCUCAAACACAGCAACACUCAAGCAAAAAGAGGCGUUCUUCUAAGAGCAAGGUUCCUGGAGAACUUCGUCGGUCCUCUUCAACACCACACAUGCGUAAUCUCGCAGUUGGGACUUCAGGUGAAUUGUCACCGACAAGCAACAAAGCGCGGAACAAACUGGGAUACCACCGGAGUUCGGUCGCCUGUGGACAUUGUCGACGGAGAAAAAUACGAUGCCUUCUUGCUCCAGACGACACUCAAGGCCGCUGUGCCAACUGUAUACGCUUGAAAAAAGAUUGCAAUUUUUAUCCUGUCGAACAUAAUGGAGAGGUCCAACUCCCGCAAACAACUACUAUACGAGAUACAAGUACUGGCCCGCCAGUGACACCAGCAACAUCCUCACCACGCCUUCUGCAAUCGAUCUCUGGUGAAGCUGUUGGGGAGUUUCGUACCCCGUUCUCUGGAACCCAAACCAUGGCUCACAAUUUGGGUUAUGGAUUCCAGAGCGAAUCCGAAGCUGAUAUUCACCAGGCUCCCCUGCAGAGUCGAAUCCAUGUACCACAAGCAGCUUUUCCUUACCCUCAUCCCAUAGAAACUCAAUGGCCUCCAACAACAAGCUUUUUGCCGUCAUCUGCUAUUGCUGAAAGUCCAUCAUCAAGCACGAGCCACUGGCGACAAUCCCCGUCGACAGCAAAUUCGGCAUAUGGCAGUGAAUCAAAUGUCUCCGGCGGACACACUCCAGCCGCAAUGAGUACGAGUUCCACAAUGUCGUUUGGUCACCAAGACAACCACGCCUGGGGUCAACAACCUCCGUUCCAACCGCCUGCGCGGUCGAUGUCAUAUGGCAACAUCGAGGGCAUACCGCAACAGUACCCCGGACAAGGACUUGGUAUCCUUCAACACGAUUAUACCCGUCGAAACUCUCCGUAUCCCUAUGCUGUCAGCAUAGACACGAAUACAUCCAUCAUAAACGCGUCCACUUUAGCGGGGUCGACAUCCGCUCCUCUUUCUGCACCAGUCAUACCCAACACCCAGUUUUAUCCGCCGGCCUGGAACUCAUACGAAGGGAUACAAAACCAGGGCCCACCAAUGCAGUUGCCUGGUCGCUCAAUGAGUGCACAGUGGUACGGAGAGCCUGGGCAAUUAGGAAGAGUGCAAGAGGAGGGUGUGCCUUCUAUGGCAUAUAAUCAGCAUGGUAUGCAGCAGUAUUAUUCCGGCGCCUAACGAACCUCGAGCUCUAUGGAUUCGUUCUUGGAUACAGAUCGGCAUAUCACAACUAUCAUUGGCAUAAUUUGGUAAUUUCACGUCGAUUACGGCUUCUAUCUCAUCUUCGAUCGAGUUUCUACAAAGUACUGAAACGAUUGAGAGUGGCGUUCCAUCGGAGUUCAGGCGCAAGGGAAUGAGGACGGAGUCAUGGACACUAAAAAGACUCUGGACUUGAUUUGAAGGCUCGAUGCUACAUAUGUUGCAUCGCACGCAUUUUUUCCACCUUCGCAUAUCUUACUGGCGAUAAUUCUAGCGUCACUCGCCUCUUUGAGCGGGGUUUUAGGCGUUGUUC